AUGGAGAAGAGAAUUUCAACACAUCGGUCGCUCCACUCCGACUCCACCCAGUUGCAGGCACUCGAGCUCGAACUGAGCGUAUUGCAGUUCAUGCAUGUGCACGCGUACCCCGCCAAGAAACGAGCUGCCAACCAACGGGCAUAUGUGCAGCGGGCCGAGAAGAGUCUCGAAGCAGCAGAGCAAGAGGAGAAGUUGACAGCAGCAGCCCUUCGAGCAGCGUCAACUCAUCACAAGACUCUUGCAGAAGACCUCCAGCAAGCGAAGUCAGCAUUGUCUCAAUUCGACGAGAUGGCAGAGCAGGAGAUCAAGUCGGCUGCCUUCGCGGAAGCGGCCGAGUCCGAGUUCAAGCAUGUCCGCCCCAACCCGUUCAUGCCCGCGGUCUUCGCGGAGUUGCAGGCGUCGCAGCUCACACUGGCAGCUCAGAUGAAGAUGCUGACAGACUUCCUCGUCGAGGUCAAGAGCAGCAUCUCCACGCUCGCUAUGCACCAGUCGGGGCCCGCCACCGCCGAGCCCCCGCUCGAGACGGCUGCGAGUGCUGCGCCAGCCGCAGCCAAGUCAGCAGCCUCGCGAGCGAAGCCGAUGGCCCAGAGACGACAGGAAGCUUGGCAGCGGGCAGUGGCCAACUUGCCUGGCCAGGUCAAGCUAGUGGCAGCUCUGACCUCGUCCUCAGCUGCACCUGCAGGCGCGCCCGAGGAUGCCGACAGCGACACGGAGCCGCCGCACGAGUCAUUGUGCCUGCCCCGCGACCCCGAGGCAACCACGGCCCAGGUGGCGGGCGACGACAGCGACGACACCAUGAAGGACGCCACGGCCCGCGGCGAUGGCCUGGCAGCCGAGGAGGCGAGCGUUCGCUAG